AUGGCUCCUGUUGAAAAGAAGGAACUACCUGCGGAAACAACUGAGUCUGUGAUUACUGAUCCAGCUGACAAUGAUUUGAAGAAUAAGAAGCCUCAAACCCCAAAACAUGAAGAAGAGCUUAGUGAAGAAGAUCAACACUUGAAGGAACAGCUAGAGAUGCUAGUUGAAAGAUUGUUAUCCUCCCAGAGCGAACUAUACAAGCCAUCUCUUGAUAGUUUGAAAACUUUCAUCAGGGAAUCGACUUCUUCAAUGACCGCAGUUCCAAAACCAUUGAAAUUUCUAAGACCUUUCUAUCCACAGCUGACCCAAUUGGGGCAAUCAUGGUCUGAUGAAGAGUUGUUGAAGCAAUUGUACGAUGUCCUCUCAAUUUUGGGUAUGACAUAUUCGGAAGAAGACGGUGAGCAAUAUGUUAGGGAAUCACUCAAAUAUAGAUUGAAAAGUUAUGUUGAUGAGUCAAUGACUGAAUGGGGUCACGAAUAUUUGAGACAUUUAUCCCUAGAAAUUGGUGAACAAUAUGAAGCCAACUUAGACUCUGGUGAACCUAAAGAUGACUUGGUCAGAUUAAGUGAUAUAAUUGCACCCUACUUUCUCAAGCAUAAUGCUGAAGCUGAGGCUGUUGAUUUACUAUUAGAAAUCGAGGAAAUCGAAAAGCUUUCCAAGUAUGUCGAUAAGGAUACAUACAAAAGAGUUUGUACAUAUAUGGUUGCUUGUGUUCCAUUAUUGGCGCCACCGGAUGACUUAGCUUUCCUAAAUACUGCUUUUGCAAUUUAUUUGGAGAAUAAUAGAUUAACUGAAGCACUAACUUUAGCCAUUAGAUUAGGUGACGAAUCUCUAGUUAAAUCUGUAUUUGACUCUACCGAUGAUAUCGUUGUUCAAAAACAAUUAGGUUUUAUUUUGGGUAAGCAAAACUAUGGCUUUACAGUAGAGAAUGAGGAAAUUCAGCAAUGUAUUAAUAACAAUCACAUCCACAAGUACUUCCAGUACUUGGUGAGUGAGCUUAAUUUGUUGGCACCUAAGGUUCCAGAGGAUAUCUAUAAGUCACAUUUGGAGACAUCGUUUUAUGCAUCUUCUUCCAAGCUGGAAAGUGCAAAACAAAAUUUGGCUGCAGCCUUUGUUAAUGGUUUCUUAAACGCUGGUUAUAGUGACGAAAAACUCAUAACAAAGGAAAAAUGGGUAUAUAAAACCAAAGAUGAAGGUAUGCUGUCAACAGUGGCCUCCCUAGGCUUGGUAAACUUAUGGAAUGUGGAAAAUGGACUACAGGCUUUAGAUCAAUUUCAGUAUUCUGAGAACACUAAGCUAAAGGCGGGGGCAGUCUUAGGUAUGGGUAUUUCUACAAACGGUGUUCAUGAUGAUGUUGAAUCUACUUAUUAUUUACUUGAAGAAUUUAUUCAUAACAGAGAGAAGGAUGAUGCUCUAAUUGUAACGUCUGCGAUAACUGGUUUAGGAAUUGCAUAUGCUGGCUCGGAAAAUGAAAAUGUAUUGAACCUAUUAUCUCCAAUUGUCAGCGACUCAGCGUAUACUUUAGAAAUCCAGGCUUUGUCAGCGUUAGCUUUGGGUCACACGUUUGUGGGUACUUGUAAUGGGGAAAUCACUGAUACAAUUUUACAAUCUUUACUAGAUAAGGAUGUUACUCAAUUAACCUCUAAAUGGAUUAGGUUUAUGUGUUUGGGCCUUGGUUUACUCUAUAUGGGUAAAUAUGACCAAGUAGAUGAUGUUCUAGAUACAAUCGAUGCUAUUGAACACCCAAUUUCCAAAUCAUUAAAAGUUUUGAUCAAAAUAUGUUCUUACGUCGGUACAGGUAAUGUUUUACAAGUACAAGAAUUACUUCAAAUGUGCACUACUAAAUCUGAAAAUGCAGAUGACAAUGAUGAGGAUGAAGACGAGGAGGAAGGACGCGAACUAAACGAUAUUGCCAGUGCACUAAACGGCGGUUCAUCGAAUUUGGACACUAUGGCUAUUGAUACUGAAGAUGCAGUUGAGACUGCAGAAGUGCCUAUUGAUGUAUCCAGCUCUGCCACGAUUGUUAAAGAAGAAAAGGAAACCGAAACAGAUAUCGAACCUAAAAAUGUUUCCCCUGAGAACAAAGACAGAGCGCAAGAAGAGAACAAAGAAGAAGAUGAUGAUGAUGAUGACGAAUUAUUUCAGGGUUUUGCCGUUUUAGGUCUUGCUUUAAUUUGUAUGGGUGAAGAGAUUGGACAAGAAAUGUCGAUCCGCCAUUUUGAACAUUUAAUGCAUUAUGGUAAUUCAUUGAUUAAAAGAGCUGUGCCUCUUUCCAUGGGUUUAGUUUCAGCAAGUAACCCGCAAAUUAAUGUUUUUGAAACCCUUUCCAGAUACUCUCAUGAUCAAGAUCUGGAAGUUGCAUAUAAUGCUAUCUUUGGUAUGGGUUUAGUUGGUGCAGGUACUAACAAUGCAAGAUUAGCUCAAUUGUUAAGACAAUUAGCAUCAUACUAUAUUAAUGAUCAAAAUGGUCUUUUCAUUUCUAGAAUAUCGCAAGGUUUAAUUCAUUUAGGUAAAGGUACAAUGACGUUGAGUCCGUUCUCAAUAGACAGACAGAACCUAUCGAAAGUUUCAAUUGCAAGUUUGUUAACGGUGUGUAUCGCACUUUUAGAUCCGAAAUUGUUUAUUAUGGAUCAAAAUUCUAGCUUGUUGUAUUAUUUGACCCCGGCAAUCAAGCCAAGGAUGUUAGUCACUGUUGGUGAGGAUUUGGAACCGCUCAAGGUAAAUGUACGAGUUGGUCAAGCUGUAGACACCGUUGGUGUUGCAGGUAAGCCAAAAACUAUUACUGGUUGGGUAACACAUUCAACGCCUGUUUUACUUGGACAUGGAGAAAGGGCAGAGCUCGAAACUGACGAAUAUAUUGCGUAUAGCUCAUCCUUAGAAGGUGUUGUCAUUCUAAGGAAGAACCCGGACUAUGUGAAGUACGAAUAG